CCCCUUUGGUUUUGAAGCUUCCCCCCAAAUCUUACAGAAAUAAAAUUAGGGUUUAACUUUUAUCCCCAAAUUGAAUAAUAACACCAUCUUUUAAUCUCUGCAUAGUAACCAGUGUCCACCCGCAAUUCAAGUUUUCAGCAAAUCAUCUCGCACAGAAUCUCAAUUUUCAUUUUCUCAACCUGAUCGUUAACACCCCCAUUUAAAUCCAACCUAAUGGCUCAGCCCAACAGCACUGCUGGAGUUGACAACACUUUCAGAAGGAAAUUUGAUCCAGAAGAGUAUUUACAACGCGCUCGUGAACGUGAAGAAAAGGAGUUGGAAAAAAGUUCGAAAUCUAAAGGACCGCCGGUGCAAAGAAAACCCUUGAAGCAUAGGGAUUAUGAAGUGGACCUUGACUCGCGCCUUGGGAAGACUCAGGUUGUCACUCCAAUUGCACCCCUUAGCCAGCAGGCUGGAUACUUUUGCUCCGUUUGUGAAUGUGUAGUGAAAGAUUCCGCUAACUAUUUGGACCAUAUCAAUGGAAAAAAGCAUCAACGAGCCUUGGGGAUGUCUAUGCGGGUAGAGCGGGCAUCUCUUGAACAGGUUCAGCAACGAUUUGAAAACCUCAAGAAGCGAAAAGAGACAGGGACGUUUACUGAGCAAGAUCUUGAUGAGCGAAUCUUGAAACAACAGCAAGAAGAGGAGGAAAGGAAACGUCAGAAGCGAGAAAGGAAAAAAGAAAAGAAGAAAGAGAAGGCAAUAGAGGAGGAAGUUGAAGUUGACCCCGAUGUUGCAGCUAUGAUGGGUUUUGGAGGUUUUGGUUCAUCUAAAAAGUAAAAAAAAAAAUUCAGUUGUUUUGAUAUUGAUACAUGAAAACUGCAACAGGAAGUUAUUCUGUAAGUUAACUCUACUCAUCUUAUGAUCUGAUGCCUUCUAUGACAAUGCUCUUGAGUUUUU